CCAAGUGAGAGGCCAGGCAUUGAGGAGUGAGUGUGGCCUGGAUUUCUGUCCCCUCUCCAUCAUCCCUUUUAUUUUACUCUUAUCGUGCUUUCCAGAAAGUUUGCCUGCUGGGAGAAUCGUUUUGACAGCUUCCCGUGUUGUCAGAUAGCUCCACAGAAUUCAGUUUCUGAGAACAGGCCAGAGGCCUGCAGUGACAUUGCAUAAUCCUCCUCUGAAGCCGGAGAUAUCAGCCGGAGAGCUCACGGGAGCUGUUUCACACCAAGAUGAAAGGAGCAGGCAUCAUGGAUGGUAUGCCCAAGACCCUCCUGGCCAGAGCGCUUUUUGACAACCACCCAGACUGCUCCUACGAGCUGGCUUUCUGCAGAGGAGACAUCUUGACCAUUCUGGAACAAAACGUGCCAGAAAGCGAGGGCUGGUGGAAGUGUUUGCUCCAUGGAAGGCAAGGUCUGGCCCCUGCCAACCGCCUCCAAAUCCUCCCUGAGGCCCCCGCAGACAGGCCCUGUGCCCCUUUCCUGAGAGGCCUGGAAGAACCUCUCACCCGCUCCGAGGAGACCUACCAGGUGCCCACCCUGCUCAAGCCCCCGACUCCAGGCCCUGUGUACGAGGACAUGAGGAGCUGGGUGGAGGGGCUUCCACCCACCACCGCCCAAGUCUACGAAUUCCCUGACCCACCGGCGGGGGCCAGAAUCGUCUGUGAAAAGACUCUAAGCUUUCCGAAACAGGCCCUCUUCACGAUGCCCAGACCUGCUCGGGCCUCGUUGCCAACGCUGCCUUCUCAGGUGUACGACGUGCCGGCCCAGAGCCGGGGCCCCCCAGCCCUGAAGGAGCCAGAGAAGAGGCAAUUAUAUGAUAUACCCCCCAGCCCCCAGAAGGCAGGACUGGGUCCCUCGGCCAACCAACUGAGUGGACAGUGUGCUCCCCUGACAUCAGCGAUCGCCGCGAGGCGAGGUGGCUACAACACGUUACCCAGCCCCCAGAAAUCAGAAUGGAUUUAUGACUCGCCAGUGUCUCCAGAAAAAGCUGACGGCAGAAAUGCAUCUCUGAGCAGCUUUGUGGAAGAGUCAGAGCCCCACUGUCCCCCGGGGCACAUGUCCAGCUUCCAGAAUCCUCUGAACAGCAGAGCAAGGUCCCACUAUCCGCACCUGCAUAAAAACGUGCCCAUGCAGAAAAAACUCAGCCUCCCCGAAAUUCCUUCCUAUAAAGCCCUGGCACCCAGGGACACAUUUCCCUUGGACGACGGUGCUGGCUACAAGGUGCCCUCAAGCUUUCUGAUCCCCCGGGUGGAGCAGCAGAACACCAAGCCGAACAUCUACGACAUCCCUAAAGCGACGCCCAGCGACCCUCAGGCGGUGAACGAGCCCGGGAGAGAGGGCGGGGCUCCGGAGAUCGCCGCGGACAGCAGCUCCUCCUGGUUCUCCGGCCGGGCCCCCUCGCUGUCUCCGGACCCGGAGCGGCUCUCCGUCUCCAGCUCGGACAGCAGAGCCAGCGUGGUCUCCUCGUGUUCCUCCACGUCCACGGACUCCUCGUCUGGCUCCUGCUUGGAGGAGUCAGGAAAGGAGCUCUCCUUGGACCCGGACUUGGCCAGAGAGACGGUCGCGGCUUUGCAGCACGAGGUGGCCAGCUCUGUCGCCAGCCUGAUGCUCUUUGUCAGCAGGAAGUGGAGGUUCCGAGACUACCUGGAGGCCAACCUCAGCGCCAUCCGCAGCGCCGCCGACCGCGUGGAAGAAUCCUUGAGAGCGUUUCUGGAUUUUGCCCGCGGGGUCCGUGGGACCGCCUGUAACCUCAGCGACACGAACCUUCAGGCCAGGAUUAGGGACCAGCUACAGACCAUCUCCAACUCCUACCAGACCCUGCUUGGGACAAAGGAAAGCCUGGAUAGCUGCAAGUGGUCCUUGGAAGUCCUUGUGACAGACAAAAUCCAAAACAGCCCAGAUGACCUCGAGCGAUUUGUCAUGGUGGCACGGAUGGUUCCAGAAGACAUCAAGAGGUUUGCCUCCAUUGUCAUUGCCAAUGGGAGGCUCCUUUUCAAACAGAACUGUGAAAAGGAAGAUACAUUGCAAAUGACCCCCAAUGGACAACUGAAACUUGCAAAAUGCAUCCAGCUUCCCCAAAGGGAAAUUGAGCGGGAUGAAAGAAGUACUCCUUUUAAUAAACCAAAGGAAAAUGAACACUCCCCUGAGCUACUAAAGAAAAAUGGGACAAUUAUGUGUGAAUCGAAGUUGUCUAACCUAGAAGAGACAGAAAAACCCAUCUCGGAAGGAAGGUUGGAUGAAAACAAAAACUUGGAAGGACAGAAUCCUAACUCCCUCAUCCUGCAGCCUUUGAGCCAGCAGAAUCCUGAGAAGAGAUUCCAACUUUCUGAACACUGUCGGCUCUAUUUUGGGGCGCUCUUCAAAGCCAUCAGCGUAUUUAACCACAGCCUCUGCAACAGCCAGCCCCCCGAGGUCUUCAUCACGCAAAGCAAGCUGGUCAUCAUGGUGGGGCAGAAGCUGGUGGACACGCUGUGCAAGGAGACCCAGGAGAGGGACGUGCGCAACGAGAUUCUUUGCGGCAGCAGUCACCUGUGCAGCCUGCUCAAGAACCUCGCACUGGCCACCAAGCACGCCGUACUCAAGUACCCCAGCCCCGCAGCCCUGGGGCACCUCCAGGCCGAGGCCCAGAAGCUGGAGCAACACACUCGGCAAUUCAGAGGGACGUUGGAAUGAGCCUCCUUCCCCCUUUUUCUCCUUCUUAACCUCUUAGCCUCAGCUUUCCCAGCCUGACAUGUGCAACUCUGUCCUACAGGCAAAGCCAACCUGGGGACGCACCAAUGGGUACAAGCUGGUGUUAUCAAGUGGCUAGACAACCCCAGGACAUUGACUUAGCCCAGAGAAGUCCAGGUAUUAAGAAAGAACUUUGCGGAGUUUUUAGCGUAGCCUGUGGGGUCAGUGUACGCAGGGAUAUUGUAGAAACCAAUUUUAUAUUGGUCAAAUGUAUGCCUGCCUUAAAAUCAUUCAUUCAGGACUUAUUUAUUGGGCGUCUACUUAUGUCAGAUUCUAGGUGCUGGGCAUAUAGCUGUGAAUCAGAGACCUUGCCCUCAGGGAGCUUACAGUCUAGUGGGGAGAUAGACGAUAAAUGAUAAAGAAUUACAUGCACAAAUUGUCAGAUGUUAGCAAGACGGUAAAGGAGGAGAGACUUAUUCUCAAAUGAUAAAUUUCUGUUGCAUCCAUUAGCAAACGUGAUAAGUUUUUCAUUUUGAAUUGAAUUAAGUCUGUAAGAUUUGGUACAAAUCAUGUACCUGCAUCUUAUGCAACAUAUAUAUAUAUAUAUAUAUAUAUAUAUAUAUAUAUAUAUAUAUGCUAUUUUACCUUAACUGAGUUAAAGAUACACCUUAUAUUUACAACAUAACAUGUUCUGUUGGGUUCCUUAUUAAUUUAUUUUGUAUAUAACAGUCUAUGUUGAUAAAUUCAGUAUGUUUACUCAGAAAAGGCUUGUAUUACAACAGUCGCCGAUCUGUGACCAUUUGUAAUGUUAUGUAAAUAUAAUCAUGAACUAAAGCAUUCUCUGUAGCAAUCCUCUCUUCGGAAAAGUUGGUGAUCCUUGUCACUCAGGUUCUGAUAUCAAAGCGAAGCCACCCAUGUUUACUUUUCUUAUUCAAAUGUUUCUCCCCAAAGUGUGCAGGGAGAUGCCAUAGAGGCCAGGUGCUCAUGCACGAGGCUAGUGUGGCAAAAACAAAGCCAUCACUUGUGGUGAGGCAACGGGAGGUGUGGUGUGGACAGGAUACCCAUUGCUGGGCACAGAUCUGAAAGCGGUGCAGAGCUCCCCUCAAGUCAAACCACCUGCUCUUCCUCUCCUUGUGGCUGGGUCUUCAGCUCAUGUUGCUAUGGUGACACCAUCUCUACUUUGCUUCAAGUGAAGGUCCAUGUCUCCUAUAUACAUCUCAGCCACUAAACACCUUUGUAACCUGGAACCAGCAUCCUCAGGCUGGAAGUCAUCUGAAAUGUCACCAGCCUGCCCGCUACUCUGCACUUAGCAGGCACUUCUAAGUGGUUGCUCCUAGGGUCUCUAAAGAAGGAUCACAUCUUUGUGAAGCUUGCUGGGUUCUCUACACUAGAACAGAGAUGCCGCAUUCUUUGAACAGCUGUGAUCUGUAUCGGCAAGAGCUCCUAUUGCAAGUGAUC